AUGGCAUCACCCGCCUCCCAACCAAAACUCACUUAUCCAAUCAUAACAACGGAUGGUGAGAAAUACACAUUAUUCAACGAUGAAGCAAUCGGAAAAGGAGCCUAUUCUGAAGUCUAUCGUGGAAGAACAGAAUCAGGACGGCUGGUGGCAGUGAAAACUGCAUGUAAACGGGUUGAACUUCAAGCGAUACGAGGAGAAAUCGAAAUACUUCGAAAGUUGAAAGGUGCACAGAAUAUUGUUGAAUACAUUGGAAGUUCGCAUAGUAUUAUGGCACCGGGAUCAGUGACACCCGAGACUAUUUCGUUUGCGAUGGAAUAUGCGAAAAGUAGUUUGGAAGGGGAAAUGAGGAGACCCGAGAAUCUGAAAGGGCUUCCGGCGAACGUCUUUAUUGAUUUGGUCGUGGAUUGUGCAAUGGCUCUCACCGCUCUCCAUGAGCACAACAUUGCUCAUCGUGACAUCAAACACAUGAAUAUUCUUCUGUUCCCCGGAACACCGACACGUGGCAGACGAUCGACCCAUUUAUUCAAAUUAUGUGAUAUGGGAUGUAGUAAAGCGUUGAUGGAGAAUGGCGGUCUGCAUGAGAUGAGAACGCUGGUGGGCACUCCGAAUUUGUUGCACCCACAUCUCGCCAACGAAAUGGUGGAUCCUCGAAUGGAUCGAAACCAACACGACUGGAAAACGAAACAAGCCUACACCUCAGAACAAUGUGAUCUUUGGUCCCUGGGAUGUACUCUCUACUUCUGCGCUACUGGAAAAUUCCCAUUUGAACACGAGAGAAACAACAAGAAAUUGUAUCAUGCGGCUGUGAAUUCACUAACUAAGCAUCCAAAAGCCAUCGCGAUGAUUCCAGUGGUAAAGGGAAGAGACGCAGGGAGACGAGAGAUGAUUUAUGAGUUUGAACCGGUUACGGAGCUCCCCGCGAAGUUUACAAGAUAUCCGAAGUGGUUGGUAUGCACUGUGACGUCACUUCUGAGGAAUUUCUUCCACGAUCCUAAAAUUGAGUACUAUUCAAAAGUGGCCAAUGGAAUGAGGAAUGGAAAACGGCGAACUUUUGUGUCAAUUGAUCAAAUGUGUAUUGUGGAUCACACUGAUAUUUCCAACACUCCUAUCACUCUUCCCAGCAUCUCCAGUUGUCUUGGAUACCCACCUGGAACUGACCUACUUCUGGUCUCCAAUACUUCAUUCAAAUACGUGGAUUCUAAGGAGACAAGUGUGGAUUCUCUUCCGGAUGAGACGUAUCUAGUUGUUCCGAAAAGAAGCGAAGUGGAUUUGAGGAAAAUUUUGGCCAGGAAUAUUGAAUAUCAUGAAUUUGAUGAUAUGACUGAUCGGAAAUUGGCUGAAAUUCGAGCGAAAAAAUGUUAUGAUGGAUUGAGUAUGCUGACAGAAAGCGAUGAGUAUCGAGAUCUAUUUGAGAGAGUUUCGACAAUUUUGAGCACACAGUUUUCGUUGCUCGUCGAAGAACUGUCCCAAUUCGAACGCGUUCAAACGACAUCUCGAUUCGCUGUCUACGUGGAAAUGGCAUCCGUCCCAAUGAUGCUAUUCGACGAUGCCAACCCACAAACUAAAUCCAUAUCGGAGUACUGUAUUCAGCAAGCAAAACAGGCUAGAGAGGAACUGGAAAGGCACGCGAAGGUGGCAAUGAAUAUCGAAUCAAUGGCUAAACAAUUGGCGAAGGAUUCCAAAGAUUUGCAAUUAGAUGACGUGGAUUUGCCGGGGAUUCGAGAAGAAUUAGAAUCCUAUUUCUUCUAUGAAAAGAGACAGAUUCUGAGUACCCGAGUGUAUUCUCAACAGCUAGUCCAACAGUGUUACGAUCGACGGAAUUUCAUAAUGGAGCAGAUUUUCAAAUCCCCGGAUAAAAUACAAAAAUGCAAAUUAAAGCUUGCUAUGGAUUUGGCUGCAUCUCUCAAUCAACUUCGUCUCGAUUACCAACGUCUUCAGAAUACAAUUUCUGAAUGUGUGGAUCUUCUGGAGAAGCCGUUCCAAGAGAUGAAGGACGUGGUGAAUCGAUGUCUUCAGAAUCAAGGGCAGACUAGGAAUUCAAUGGAGAAAUCCAUGCACUUUUUGGCGCCAGAAAAUCAGUUGAGAAUGAAACGAACGACGAAGUCUUGUAAGAAGUUGAUAGACGAAUUGAAUCAGGAAAUUGAGCAGUUGGGAUUUGUGAGAAUGGGUGAUACGUUGAUAAGAGCGGUGCAGGAUGCUAGGGAGCAGGUUCUCGAAUUGAAGGAAAUAUCAAAGGAGGAAGAGGAAGAUGAAGGAACGCUGAAGAGAGAGGCAGAGACGCAGGAAAUCUCGAUUCUCAAACGAUCACCUGAAGCAUGUCCAUCGGAGCACGACGUCGCCAACGUGUCAUCUGAUGCUUCCAACUCCAGUGCCACAUCGUUCGAAUCCACCCCUCCGUCGUCACCAAAAGACGGGUCCAACUACUUCCAAGCCGUCUUUCAGUACUUUGCAAAGCCACACUCCUCCUCGACGUCUUCUUCUAAAUGA